AUGAGUCCCUUAUACAUCGCCGUCGCCACCCUUCGCGGCCCCGUUGCCGCCCCUAGCGGCCCCGUCGCCGCCCCUCGCGGCUCUGUUUCUGCCCUCCGCGGCCCCAUCGUUGCCCGUUACGGCCCUGUCGCCGCCCUUCGUGGCCGCGUCGCCGCCCCUAGCGGCUCCGUCGCCCCCACUCUCGGCCCUGUCGCCGCCCGCUGCGGCCCCGUCGCCGCCCUUCGCGGCCACGUCGACGCGCGUUGCGGCCUAGUCGCCGCCCUUUGUGGCCCAGUCGCCGCCCUUCGCGGCCUCGUCGCCGCUCGUUGCGGCCCCAUCCCUGCUCUUCUCGGCCCCUCGUGGCCCCUUCACGGCCGCGUCGUCGCCCUACGCGACCCCUCCCUGGUCCCAGCAGCAGCAGCGGCCACCUCUACCGCUGCAGCCACCGUCGCUGCCGACUGCAGCCACCCUGCAACUGCCGCCCCUGGAGCAACCACCCCUGCAGCAGCCGCCCCUGGAGCAGCCGCCACUGCAGUUGCUGCCCCUGGAGCAGCCACCCCUGCAGGAGCCGCCCCUGGAGCAGUCGCCCCUGCAGCAGCCGCCCGUGGAGCAGCCGCCACUGCAGCAGCCACCCCUGGAGCAGCCGCCACUGCAGCAGCCGCCCCUGGAGCAGCCGCCACUGCAGCAGCCGCCUCUGGAGCAGCCGCCCCUACAGCAGCCGCCCCUGGAGCAGCCUCCCCUGCAGCAGCCGCCCCUGGAGCAACCACCCCUGCAGUAGCCGCCCCUGGAGCAGCCACCCCUACAGGAGCCGCCCCUGGAGCAGUCGCCCCUGCAGCAGCCGCCCCUGGAGCAGCCGCCACUGUAGCAGCCGCCCCUGGAGCAGCCGCCCCUGCAGCUGCCGCCCCUGGAGCAGCCACCCUUGCAGCAGCCGCCCCUGGAGCAGCCGCCACUACAGCAGCCGCCCCUAGAGCAGGCACCCCUGCAGCAGCCGCCCCUGGAGCAGCCGCCCCUGCAGCAGCUGCCCCUGGAGCAGCCGCCACUGCAGCAGCCGCCCCUGGAGCAGCUGCCACUACAGCAGCCGCCCCUGGAGCAGCCGCCCCAGGAGCAGCCGCAACUACAACUCCCGCCCCUGGAGCAGCCGCCCCUGUAGCUGCCGCGGAGCCCUCGCCCUACAGUGGUAGCCGCCUCGCCGUUGCCAGCGUCGUCCGCGUGAGUCCCUCACUCCCCAACAGCUUCGUGAGUGGAGCUUCGUGA